AAAGCGGAGGCGUUAUUGCGCAGAGAUAGUGCGCACAAAAUUUUUCAGACAUCUGUCACAAUCAGAGUGUAAAAAUUUUGUGAUUAAAAACGUAAUUGUAAUUAUUUUUUUAAUAUUCCAAAAUGUCCUACGCAUACUUAUUUAAAUAUAUAAUCAUUGGAGACACAGGUGUGGGCAAAUCAUGUCUGUUACUACAAUUUACCGACAAGCGCUUUCAACCGGUUCAUGAUUUAACUAUUGGUGUGGAGUUUGGAGCUCGAAUGAUCACCAUCGAUAGCAAACAAAUCAAGCUACAGAUCUGGGACACAGCUGGACAGGAGGCAUUUAGGUCCAUUACGAGAUCGUAUUACAGAGGUGCUGCAGGCGCACUUCUAGUCUACGAUAUUACUAGAAGGGAAACAUUCAACCAUCUUACUACCUGGUUAGAUGAUGCAAGGCAACACUCGAAUUCAAAUAUGGUCAUAAUGUUGAUCGGAAACAAAAGUGAUCUAGAAAGUAGGAGAGAAGUUAUGAAAGAAGAAGGUGAUGCUUUUGCACGAGAACAUGGUCUAGUCUUUAUGGAAACUUCUGCCAAAACAGCUGCUAAUGUUGAGGAAGCUUUUAUCAAUACUGCCAAAGAAAUAUAUGAAAAGAUUCAAGAAGGUGUGUUCGACAUAAACAAUGAGGCUAAUGGUAUCAAAAUAGGACCUCAACAUUCCCCCACCAACCCAUCUUUACCUGGAUCAGGAGGUGCAGGAGGCUCACAAGGCUCAGGAUGUUGCUAAAUUAUAACAAAAUUUUUAUCCAAAGGAUCUGUUCUGAUUGUAUGAACUGUCCUACUUAAGAAUGUGGUUAAGCGCAGAAAUUUACUAUUCAAAUUCUCGGCCUCUAAAAUCUCUUCUCAAUAUAAUGAAGUUUUAUAUAUUGAAAUAUUUAGUUAUAGGCCUUUACGACUUCGAGCCUGCCGAGCUUUGAAUAAUAAAGUAUGUUGGUAUUGGGACUAGAUUUUAAAUUAUAACAUUAGGUCAAACUAAUUAAUAUGAAUUAAAUAAUUUAUUUUAACAUAAAUAUAAUAUUAAUAACAGAAUCUUAUUAAGAAAUGUGAAGUAUUUUUCUGCAUUCAGUAGAAUUUUCUAAGUGCAUUCUGAUUAAAUAGUAUCUCAUCGUUUCUAUAAUUUGAGAAACGAACCAUUGUUGUAAAUAGAUUGAAAAUUAAAUUUUCUAAAAUUAAAUAUCUGUUUACUUAUGCAAUUUUACACUAGCUAUGAAAAUUACAGUUGUUCUACUGUCAAGUGACAAGGGCGAAAAUAUGCAUGCUCAAACUUCUUUAACCCAUCUGACACUCAGAGUAGGUCUCCAUGGUGGCGAUGACCUUCUAAUUAAGCUCAAAUUUCUGCCAAAGCAAGUGACUUUUUUGUUUGUAAACACAAAGAAGUGACACGGGGCCAAAUCUGGAGAGUAAGGUGGAUAGGUGUGAGCCGGUGCGUUGUCAUGGCAGAAGAGCACUUCUGAGCAAUUGUGUAAUGUCGAUGUAGAUCAAUCACAUCCUGUGAAUCACAGAAAAUGUGGCCAUCACCUUUACGGUCCACAGGACAGUCUUCGCUUUCUUUGGAUCAUGUUUCUUCUGGCGAAGUCCACUGUUUCGACUGUUCCUUGACCUCUGGUUGUGUACCAAAUGGUCCAAUCUUCUGAUUGCGUCAACCAUUGCUCCGAAGUGGCCUCACGGUGCGCUUGUAGUACCGGGAGAGCAAAUGAGGCGCCCGUCGUGCCAACAGUUUUCCCAUGCCGAAAAUUUCAUUCAGGAUAUAGACGGAGAGGCAGCGCUGAAAAAUCUCUUUGAAUUUACUAAAGCUAAAUUUUUCACAGUUGAUUCCUGUGAUUGUGUAGAGAAACAUACUGCGGUCGGUCAAGCGAAACAGAACAGGGGUUACUAAGAGGGUAUCAAAGUUGCUUUGCUACGAAGGUAAUUAAAUCCAUUUACUAACGCUGAAAAUCAGUACACACAUUCUAAAUUGAAUAUAAAUAAAAGUUAUUAUAGUCGGUCAGCUGUAUGACGGGACAGAGCCGGUCUGUCGGCCCCAAUGAAUGUACAGGGUUAUUCACUAUAUUUUGACCACCUUGUAAACUGUGUUAUUUACAGAAUUAGAAAAAAAUGUAAAAUACACAAGUUAUUCGAUUUUUUAAUUAUGAUUUUUUGACAUCGUACUAGUGACGUCAUCCAUCUGGGCGUGAUGACGUAAUCGACUAUUUUUUUAAAUGAGAAUGGGGGUCGUGUGCUAGCUCAUUUGAAAGAUUAUUCAAUUCUCUAUACAGUACUAUAAACAUUAAGAUCAUUAUUUAUACAUGGUGUCCAAAAAAAUGUUUGAAUUAUUAAUUAAACAAUUAAUUUAAUUAAAAAAAUACUUUUUUGGACACCCUGUUAAAUUAAUCAUGUUAAUGUUUAUAUUACUGAAUAGGGAAUUGAAUAACCCUUCAAAUGAGCUAGAACUCGACCACUGUUCUCAUUAAAAAAAAUAGUCGAUUACGUCAUCACGCCCAAAUGGAUGACGUCACUAGUACGAUAUAUAUGCCAAAAAAUCAUAAUUUAAAAAUCGAAUAACUUUUGUAUUUUACAUUUUUUUCUAAUUCUGUAAAUAAAGCAGUUUACAAGAGAGUCAAAGUAUAGUGAAUAACCCUGUACAUUCACUGGGGCCGACCGACCGGCUCUGUCCCGUCAUACAGCUGACCGACUAUAAUAACUUUUAUUUAUAUUUAAUUUAGAAUGUGUGUACUGAUUUUCAGCCUUGGUAAAUGGAUUUAAUUACGUUCGUAGGAAAGCAACUUUAAUACCCUCUCAGUAACCCCUGUUCUACGUUUCGUUUGACCGACCGCAGUAUGUUUCUCUACACAAUCACAGUAAUCAACUGUGAAAAAUCUAGCUUUAGUAAAUUCAAAGAGAUUUUUCAGCGCUGCCUCUUGGAAUAAUAUGAUCCACGCUCUCUUUUGAGAUGCCUACUGUUCUCUAGGUUUGCACAUGACGAUUUUUUUAGGUAUUCACUGAUCCAUCAUUCUGUACGUAUUAAUGACAUGUAUUUUCGCAUAUUUUCAUCUCAUGUUAUUAAAAUAUCACAAGUAGGAACAUUCCAUUUUACUAAUAUUUAAUCUAAAUUACAAAAUCGCCCGAUUAUAGUAUGUCUAUGUGGUUUGGAAUAAUAUAGAACGGUAUUUAAGUCAUGCUACUUAAGAAUCUCAAGCAUGGGAAACCGAUAUGAAAUAUAAAGUUUUUACUUUUCAUAUUUACAAGCCCCUUCCCAUUUCAGUUGGCUCAAUGUAGGUUGAAAAGAAAAUUCAAUUUUAGAGAACAAAACCUAAAGUUCAACAUAACCUUUAAGUUUUAAUUCAUCGAACAUUUUUGGGUUUCCAUAAUUAUAGAAUAUAUUUUUUAAAGUAAAGAAAACGAUUAAUUUAACAGAAUAACAACAAAUUAAAAAAAACUAAUAGAAUAUUUAAUAUUAAUAAAAAAUGUGAUUCAAAACUGAAUAACCAUUUUCAAUUUCGUACCAACACGAAACUACAGCUGCAUCAUUAUUCCAGUUCAAUCAGAGAGUGCAGAAAUCACCUCUACCGGUUUCGAAACUUAUUAGUCUCUCAUCAGGAGGCACAUAUGCUGCUCUUUCUGACCCAACUAGGACAAACCCCGGCGUGCAGUCACGGAUUGCAACGAACGAAAUGGCAGGGAUGCCCUAGCGGCAACUGCUAGCAAAAAAACUAAGUUUUCAAUCUUAUAGCACAUAGUACAACAUCCAAAAAUGUGAUUGUUUACGACUGAGUGACAUUCAAAAUUCUUCGAGGCAUAGUUGCUGGCAAAAUGUUGUUUCAUGUUGAGGCAAAAUAUUGAGGAUGUUUCCUCGAUGCUUUUUUUAUUUCGCGCCACAAAGUUUCUAUUAAGGACAGGUUGGGACAUUAGAAACCCAUUCCAGAAGUGAUAUAUUAAAGUAUUUAAUCCAGUUUACUCUUUUUUUGGCGAGAAGACAAAAUCUUCCAUAAUCGGUAUAAGAGAUUCUCUAAAAGCUUCAAAUGUUUGUCCUUAUUUAAAUUCUCAUCGAUAAUAUGCAACUUUUCCACACUCUUAUACGACAUGCUGCCCCAGACCAUGAUAGACACAAGAAGUUUGUCUUUUCUCUUGGGACAGUCAUAAGGAAAAGCUUAACUUUUCAUAAACAUAAUAUAAUUUGUAACAGUUAAACAAUAUAUUGAAUAAUUUAAAUAGGAAAAGUAAAAAACUGUAUUAUUUCAGCUUGCAGAACAGAAACCCCUCUCAAAUUUUAUUCUUUUGACUAUUUCGCCUGAUAAAAAAGAAAUUUUAUUAGUCUCAAGAAUAUUUUAACAUUGUUUUUGUUUUUAUUCCUGCAUAUUCGUAUUAAUUUGUUAAUGGUGUCUCGUCUAAAACCUAUUGUUAACUUACUAAUAGUUUGUGGUCAUAUCAUAAAGGGCACAACAUUAGGCUAUACAAUUUUAGAGUGAGAUAUACUUAAAAUAACAUUACCCCUUUAGUCCAAUUUAGAAAUCUUAGAAAUCCGUGCAAUAAAUACGAAAUAUCAAAAUUGUUCUUUCGGAUGAGCAAAUAUUCUCUACAUCAACAGUUUGGUACACGUAGUUUUGCAAAAUUAAGGAAAUAAAAUCUAGCACUUAACUUUUUUGAAAAUAUGUCACACAGAAACUUUUCUAUCAAAAUAUUUUACUAUUUGGACAAAUUUAGAUGAAGUUGGUAUAAAUAUAAUCGACUAACAAUUUUAAGUUUAAUAUGCCCUACUAAAAUCGUGACGUUAUAUGAGGAGAUGGGGCUUAUAAGUAUUCCCAAAUAAACUUCUGAUAGUAUUUAAAAGUUCAAAACAUGGGGUGCGUUCGGACGACCACAGCGGCUGGACAGCUGAGUAAGCGGUAGCGUUCAGACGACACCGCUUUAAAUCAGCUGCUGAGAGAUUUACUAAUAGUCCAAGAGGCAGCGCUGAAAUUUUUUUUUUAAUUUACUAAAGCUAGGUUUUUCACAGUUGAUUACUGUGAUUGUGUAGAGAAACAUACUGCGGUCGGUCAAACGAAACGUAGAACAGUGGUUACUGAGAGGGUAUCAAAGUUACUUUCCUAAGAAGGUAAUUAAAUUUAUUUACUAAGGCUGAAAAUCAGUACACACAUUAUAAAUUAAAUAUAAAUAAAAGUUAUUAUAGUCGGUCAGCUGUAUGACGGGACAGAGCGGGUCGGUCGGCCCUAGUGAAUGUACAGGAUUAUUCACUAUAUUUUAACCCCCUUUUAACCUCUUUAUUUACAGAAUUAGAAAAAAAAUGUAAAGUACAAAAGUUAUUGUUACGAUUUUUUGACAUAUAUAUCGUACUAGUGACGUCACCCAUUUGGGCGUGAUGACGUCAUCGACUAUUUUUUUAAAUGGGAGUAGGGGUCGAGUGCUAGCUCAUUGGAAAGGUGAUUCAAUUCCCUAUUUAGUAAUAUAAACAUUAACAUGUUUAAUUAUAAAGGGUGUCCAAAAAAAAUUUUUUUAAAUAAAUUAAUUGUUUAAUUAAUAAUUCAAAAAAAAAAUUUUGGACACCCUGUAUAAAUAAUGAUCUUAAUGUUUAUAGCACCGUAUAGAGAGUUGAAUAACCUUUCAAAUGAGCUAGCACACGACCCCUAUUCUCAUUUAAAAAAAUAGUCGAUUACGUCAUCACGCCCAGAUGGAUGACGUUACUAGUACGAUAUAUAUGUCAAAAAAUCAUAAUUAAAAAAUCGAAUAACUUUCGUAUUUUACAUCUUUUUCUAAUUCUGUAAAUAAAGCAGUUUACAAGGGGAUCAAAAUAUAGUGAAUAACCCUGUACAUUCAUUGGGGCCGACCGACCGGCUCUGUCCCGUCAUACAGCUGACCGACUAUAAUAACUUUUAUUUAUAUUCAAUGUAGAAUGUGUGUACUAAUUUUCAGCCUUAGUAAAUGGAUUUAAUUACCUUCAUAGGAAAGCAACUUUGAUACCCUCUCAGUAACCCCUGUUCUACGUUUCGCUUGACCGGCCGCAGUAUGUAUCUCUACACAAUCACAGUAAUGAACUGUGAAAAAUUUAGCUUUAGUAAAUUCAAAGAAAAUUUUCAGCGCUGCCUCUCCAUCUGCAUUCAGUAUACAGUAUUAAAAACUACUGUUGAAGAAAAACAAAUAUUCUUUUUCUCAUGAUCAUCUUUCAGUGCGUCACAGUUUUUCGAUUUCUCUCUAACGCAUUAAAUUGUAUGUGACAGAAAAAAAGGCACGUCUUUGAAUACUUUGGUAAUUAUUCUAGUUCGGUGAUUAUUCUAGUUGUCGAUAGAUGGCGCCAUAAUCAAAAAAGAAUUAUUUAUUAAAUAAAAUAAUAAUAUUAUCAAUAUAAUCUGUACAAUUUAUAAGACUAUACAAAUGAAAGAAAAUACCAUUUUAUAAAUGCAAUAGACACAAUUGAUUUUAUUUUAUUCCAAAUUGAAAAUAAAAUUUGACAACUGUCAGAUUUAACUAAAAUGUCACGUUAGAAUAAAUGUCAUAAAUGUGUAUUAUCACGGACUUACGUUUUUUUCUAUAAUUUGUGACGCACUGAAAAAUGUUCAUGAAAAGGAGAAUACCCCAACUAUUUUACUAAUGCAUUUGACUCUGUCGUACUUGAGAAUGCACUGCAGACAAAUAAAUGUUUUCAGUGAUGUCAGAUUUCACAGUUUCGGGUCACUAAAUGAGUGAGUCGAGAUUCAUGAAAUUUUAUAAGACCAAUACCUCAUUUGACGUCAGACGUUAGUAGUCGACUUCAGCGAUAUAGGAAUUAAGCCACAGUACUAAUUAACUACUUAUAAAAUGUAUGCCCAAUACCGGCAUUAAAGUUAUGUGAUUGUAUGGACGUGUUGUAUAUUUAUAUAAUUUUACAUAUACUUAGCAGUCAAAUACAUAUAAUAUAAUUAUUUUUGUUUUUAUGAAUACAUUAAUAUAUAUUUAAAUAGGUUUAUUUUAUUGGUUUCAUGUUUUUGUUGUACAUUUUAUUUAAGGUGUGUUUUCUAGUGCAAAGAAAUAACAAUAUAUUCUUCAUUAAAA